AGAGAGACGCAGUGAUCAUGUCUGACUGCCCCGAGGAGCAGCCGAGUACUGGAGUCUUGGGUCGUAUCGGGAACUGGUUCUCUCCCUGGAGGGGAACAGCUCCGAAGGCUCCCGGGGAAAAUGCAUCUUCAAGUAAUGAUUGCUAUCAGGGGACAGGAGGAGAUGAGGAGCGUGAGGACUCAGUGAGAAUCCAGGAACAACAGUGGCAGGAGGAGAAUCCCAGUUCAGUGCGUCUCUUCAGAGACAUUUUCCCUCGUGAAGAGGACGCCACACAGUCUGCCCACAGAGACAGCUCUCCUGUGAGCAGCGCUGAGACGAGAGAAGGAGCUCCAAGAGAGGAGGAGCUGGUGGUGUGCAGGGAGCAGAAAACGGGGCAGGGCGACGGGAGGGAGGAGAGCAGCGGCAACCUCUCAGCAAGUGGGAAUCCUGACAAGAACGUCAGUGAUCUGACACAUCUCUGCUCCCCCUCUGAACAGGGAGGGGUGAGGGACUUUGACCAGGGCCCCGCCCACCCACACGCACAGACACGCCAGACAGGCAAGAGACUUCAUGUGUACCUGGAGGAGACCAGCGUGAUUCAUUGUGGUGAAGGCACGAGCCCUGGACGGGAAGUUGUUUCCACCACACUUAAAAAAAGCCUAAAGGUCCUCCACAAAGCAAAUUCAUCUCACACUAUUAAUGUAACUGCAAGCCCGGGUCCAGCAGGUGUAGAGAAAAAUGUGAGGCCGACUGUAGGGGAGCAGAGUUAUUCCAGCACCUCGGUGGGAGCGUCACUGAAACCACACAAAGACUCACAGUUUGAGUUUGAACUCGAUAAAGAGCAAACAGAGGCGGGCGACAUGGGGCGUAAAAAUGCAAGCAAAAGGAGACAGAGAAAGAACUCUCAGGAGGAAGGAGGGAACAGCCCCCACGGGGAGAAAAAGCCGCCGAGUGCUAAUUCUGGAGAGGGAAUCUCUCCGACAAUUGACUCAGUGGCCAGUCCCCAGGGCAAAAGUCCUAACGCCUCAACGAGAGAGGUGUCUGUAGACUCCUCCUUAAAACGAGACCCCACCCCGCAGGCCUCACCUGCAGGAGCGGAAGGCAAGAAUUCCUGCCCUGAUAAGGUCAAGCAGUUGGGCAACUUGCAGAAUUCAAACUCUGUCACUGCAGCCAGUCGGGCAUGUGAGGUGGAUGAGGGUGCAGACAUGGAGCAGAAUGAAGGUCUUUACACAGUAGAGAGAAAGACAGAGACACCGGGGUCCAAGCGCAGGAGUAUAAAGGUUUCCCAGAGCGAGGUGAAGCUUUUUAGAAAAAAUGUACCUUUGGAUCAAAAUGAAAGUGAGGCGACAGACCACCAGGACUUUUACGCAGAACUAAAGAAUAAACCAGAAGAUGCAAAGAAUGAACCCACAACGGAACCUGAUGCUAGACCUCAUGACCCAAAGAAGGCCGCCGACGGCUCCAAGGUGACUUUUGGCCGGAUUGCCGAUAAAAUCAGCCUCUUUCAGCAGUUGGAUGGCGGCCACAGCAAGGCUUUCCAAACUCCGAGGAGUGCCGACGGCUCUCCGAUCAGAAAAGUCACCGAAAGGGUUAAAGCAGACUUCCUUUUGUCCGAGCAGAGGUCAAGAUCAGCCGAACGCUGCAGCACGACCAGGUCCAGCUCUUCGUCGCCUGCGAAGGACCACCCGAUGACGAUCAAGGAGAGGGCAAGACAAUUCUUGGCAUCUCAGUUGGACGCUAAACCACGGACCUCUCAAAUGCCAGGGACGUCUCAAAAGUCCACUUCUGCUGUGGUAGUUCCGGCAUCAAAGCCGUCAGAACUGGAUAAUCGGGAUAAACUGGAUACCGGAGAGCAGAUGCGUACAAAAACUAAAUCAGGGAUAACAUCUAAACCAGACGGACAGGAUACCUCUGCAGUGGGGGUACAGAUCUCCGCUUCAGAGACACAGCUAACAGGCUCUAAAACCAAGGGAAAGGAGGUGUCAACAGCAGCAGAUAAGACUGCAAAACCACACAGUGUUGAGACGGCUAAAGAUCCCGGUGAUUCGGUUGAACUCAGCAACGCCACAAGCCCCCACUCCGAGGGCCCGAGCAGAACAGGGUCCCGCUCUAAAAAAAGGAAAGGUAAAGAAACAAGCAGUCCUGUGAGUCCAAACACCCAAAACAAGCCAGUCAUACAAGAUCAGGUGGAUGAUGUGAGGAAAACUUUUUCUGUCUCCAAACAACUUCCAGACAAAGCGUCUUUACCAUCUUCUAAAGACCCAGGAGAUACAUCACACAAGCCGAACGACCCCAAACUGAAUGCAUUAAAUAAGAAAUCAGAGGUAUCAGACACGCAGAAGAAGGUGCUGGAUACAUUGCUGAAAACAAAUAAUGUUGAGGAGCUGCCCAGGACACAGGAUGGAUUACCUGAAGCAUCCAUCAACAACGUUGAACCUGAUACUGCUGCUCGUAGCCGUGGAACAAAGAAGACGGUUGACAAGGCCGCUGUUUUGCCCGGAAAGGAGGAAAAAUCAGAGAAACACAGCCUUGCAAUCACAUCUGAAAGAGAAAAGGCUUCAGAGGGCCGCAGUGAAACGUCAGCCUCCUCCCCAUCAUCAGCUGUCUCAGUCCAACAGAGUAUUGAGAAGUCUCCUCCUGAAAAUGUGGAGAAAUUAAAAAUGGCAGGCAAAGAGAAAACAAAUUAUAUCGAGAAGAAAGACGAAGGAAAAUCUCUUUCAAGCAAAAGCACAACAAAUAACAGCGCUUCAAACAGAGAGCAGGUUAUCUCAGGUAACGAGGGAGGUGUUGAAGAAGCCAAGCAGGCAGAAAUAGUCUGCCAGCUGGCAGAAAAGGCAGCCGCAUCAUCACACCUUCCCUUUCAGACACAACCUGCCAGUCAGAUUGUGAAUAGCUCGGAGGGUCAUAAAGAGCAUCAAAAGGUAGGGAAAACUGCAAAUGUGCCUCCUGAGUCACAAAGACGGCCUACAGAAAGCUCUGGAAAAGAAAGAGAGGCCCUGUUGACUGCAGCAGAGCCCCAGCCUGGUUCUGCCUCUGUGGAAAAAACAGGGAAUUCACUGGAUGACUCAUGUGCACAUGGAGCUAUAGUUGAGCUCUCCAAUUUAGAGAAACCAGUACCAGCAUCUGAGAGAUUGAGUUCAAAAGAUGCUGCUCUCGUGCUUACUGACUUUACACUUAAGGCACAGAAGGAAUCAUCUUCUGAAGCAGCUCCUCUGAGACGCGACCGUACGUCUGCGAGCGCUGAAGUCGGGCAGGAGGACACUGGGAAAAAAAGUCCUGCUGCCAAAUCUGUGCACCCAAAAGGUAAAAUCUCAGGAGAACUACUGAAACCAGCUCUUAGUCAGACACGGUCUGAGGAAAUCAAAACUACAAAGAGCACGGGUAACAUCCUCUCAGUCGAGGACUCUGAAAUAAACCCUCAGAGCCCCUCUGGCUCCAAAGUUAGAGAAGUUGGGAAGACGAGUGAAACGUCAAGUCUGGCAGUUAAACAACUUUCACCAAUUGCCAAUGGUGAUAACGCCUCAGACUCACAGGUCUUCUCAGUCAGAAAGGGACUGAUUAGUGGCAAGACAAGUCAAAGCUCUAAAGCACCAGAGGAUAAUCUGAUCCCGAGCACAUCGGCCACUUCAACCAUGAAUAAGCUCCAUUUGCCACAGAGACUGAGCAAAGAUGAUUCAUUGAAACAUCAAGAUGCUCCCUCUAGCUGGCUGGAUGUAGACCUUCCCAAACACAAGUUUAAAGUCCAGGAGGCCAAAUUAACAUCAUUUGGGAGUGAGAACAAUCUCCUGGACACGUCUGGAGAGUUAGAUGAUGAUGACUUUGUUGCGAGAGUGACGAAACUGUGUGCCCCGUUCUCCCUCCCACCGCGUAAGCACACCCUGCUUCGGCCACCUCAGCCUCCCUUUGUCAUGCCGGCCAUCAGAGAGGACCGCCACGAGAAGACGUUUGACCCCGAGGAGUUUACGUUCGGCCUGAGAAAGAAGAGUCAGUUUACCUUGGACACAACUUCUGGCAUUUUGGCUAAACGCCACAGCACCGAGACGAAAUCUGGGCUCGUAGCCAGGGCUAGUGUAGCUGACAGGAGCUUGCUGCUUAGUGGUCUGAAGGACAAGAACCCCAACAAGGAAGCGGAGGAUGUCAAGGAAGAGAAAGACGAUCAAAGCAAAGUGAAGUCUCGUCUGGAGAGGAGUGGUAUCCUCAAUAGUCUCACGUCCUCCUACUUCAGCAGUAAAAGGAAUAAUGUUCAAACUGAGGGUGACAGCCCCGGUUCAGAAAAUGUCUGGUCUCACUCAGCCCAGCAGCUCAGCCCCCUACUUUCACCCCAGACGGCCCCUCCAAGCGAGACUGCUGUGAACAAAGAGCCAGUGGCCGAGUGGAGCGCAGAGGAAGCCCAGGCUGCAGAGACUGUGGUCAGUGACUCAGUUCCUCCACUUCCUUCUUUUAACGACAUCAAGCUGCCUGAAUAUUUGGAGAAAUACCUCCCACGAGAUCCAGCGCUACCAGUUCAGAGCACGCAAGGACAGGAGCAAAUCAAGCCAGAGUUUACGCUUCAGUUUGACGGGGAAAUGGCAACCCUAGCGCCUGGAGUUAAGGCAGAUUUAGUGAAACCGAGUCUGUUGCCUCCUGACGUUGUAACUCCACGUUUUCCUGGGAUUCCUGCAGCGACACAAGCUGCACUUCCUGACCUUAAACAGCCUCCUAUUCCGCCACGGGAGACACUGAGACACACUGUAACAACCGUCAAGGGAUUUCACAAACGCCCGGGAAAGAUGGUGUUAUUUGAGAAAGCUCAGUUCAAUGGCCAAGCGUAUGAAACUUACAGGGACGUAGCAGAUGCUUCGUCCUUGCAGCUCUCCCCUCUCAUAUCUGUGAAGGUUGUGAGAGGCUGCUGGGUGCUCUACGAGAAGCCUGACUUUCAGGGCCGCACCAUCGCCUUGGAGGAGGGGGCCACUGAGUUGGAAAACAUGUGGGCAGAAACUGGACCUGAAACCAACCCAGCCAACAGUUCACCCAUGAUAAUUGGCUCCAUUCGACUUGUUGUCAUGGAUUACAGCAUCCCCCGUAUCGAUCUGUUUUCUGAACCAGAGGGUCAUGGCAGAGUAACACCAUACCAUGAUGACACUAUAGAGACAGGAUCAUUUGGCGUCCCUCUCAAUACUGCCUCCAUACAAGUGCAUUCUGGGGUGUGGCUGCUGUUCAGCGAUCCAGGUUUCCAGGGGAUGGUGUCUGUGCUGGAAACGGGAGUUUACCCUUUUCCAGAGACCUGGGGCUUCCCCUCGCCCUUCGUGGGAUCUCUUCGACCUCUUAAAAUGGGUGGCUUCAAAGUGGAAAAUUCCAAUGAUGUCGAGGCUCAGUUGUACGAGAGGCCUGGCUUUGAGGGUUCCUGUGUGCAAAUCGACAGCGAGGUUUUCCGCUUUUGCGAGGGUGUAGAAGGCAUAGAUGCAGAUGGAGAAAAUGCAGAUGCAAAAAAACUGAAGUCCGUGGCUUCUUUAAGGAUCACUGGAGGAUUGUGGGUGGGUUACAGCCAGCCUGGGUUUGAGGGCCAGCAGUACAUCCUGGAGGAAGGGGAGUACCUGGACUGCAGCGACUGGGGAGGCUCAGAGCUGCUGUCGUUGAGACCUGUACUUUCUGAUUUCCUGUCUCCACAUGUGAAAUUGUUUAGUGACAGAGAUUUUGACAAGCUGGGAGUGAACAUUGACCUCAGGGUGCCUGUGAUCAACAUGGACGACACGGGCUACGGCAUGAAAACGCAGUCGGCGGAAGUCAUCAGUGGCGUCUGGGUCAUGUUCGAAGAACCGGGGUUCUGCGGCGAGUCCUACGUCCUGGAGCGAGGCCUGUAUGGAAGCCCAGAGGACUGGGGGGCGCUGCAGCACAGAGCCUGCUCCAUGAUGCCUGUCCUCGUGGAUGAUUUAGAGAACAGCUCCAAGUUCAAGGUGCAGCUUUUCUCUGAUCCAGGUCUCCAAGGCUCUGCCCUCAUCCUGGAGGACAGCGUGACCUCCCUGGAUGACGGUUUUUCAGUGGCCUCCUGCAAGGUUCUUGCUGGAAGCUGGCUGGCAUUUGAAGGCCGAGACUUCACAGGCAAGAUGUAUGUGUUAGAAGUGGGCAGCUACCCAGAUCUGAGAGCGAUGGGCUGUGUCAGCGGCAGCUCAUCCAUCCAGUCGCUGCAGACUGUUGGCUUUGAGUUUUCGCUGCCAUCUAUCACUCUUUUUGAGCGAUGUGAUCUGCGGGGGAAGAGAGUGCUGCUCACAGAUGGAUCAGUCAAUCUCCAGCUGGCUGGUGGUUGUGGUCGAGUCCAGUCUGUGCUGGUGGAAGGAGGAGUGUGGAUAUUAUACAAGGAAAUAAACUAUCGAGGUGCUCAGAUUCUGCUGAAACCCGGUGAAGUUUCUGACUGGCACGAGUUCAGCAGCUGGAAGAAAAUUGGAUCUCUUCGCCCUCUUUUACAGAAGCAAGUGCACUUCCGUUUACGAAACAGACAGACGGGGCUGAUCAUGUCGGUGACCGGUGAUUUGGAUGAUGUCAAACUGAUGCGGAUACAAGAAACAGAGGAGACGGGCGGCGUCGAGCAGAUAUGGUACUACCGGAACGGAUUUCUGCACUGCAAGCUGCUGGAGGAGUGCUGUCUGAGUCGCAGUGGCAGCAUCACGAUAGCAGGAAGCCGAGUGGGGCUGACACCAGAAGCUAGUGAAGAAAUCCACCUCUGGAGCAUCACGCCAGAAGGCUUCGUCCGCUACACCCUCACCGCUGACCUCGUCCUGGAAAUCAAAGGUGGCCACCACUACGACAAAAACCAAGUGAUUCUCAACACACUCGAUCCAAAUAAACUACAACAAAGAUGGGAUGUGGAGAUUAUUUGAAAAAUAUUGGAACUUGAUUUUUAAAUAAAAUGAGAGGCACGAUCCCAUCGAGGGCCGAGUGACGAGACCUCGAGGUCGAGGUUUGUCGUCAGAGGAUCUCCAUAUUUUUGCAGCAGCAGAAGCAACAAAUCAGACGACGAGGUCAAGUUGGAGUUAUGAAUAAGUUCCUAAGAAUGUAUUACUACCCACUGAACAUAAAACCCGUGGGCUGUUAACCGGAAUGCAUAACCUCUACACCUCCAUUAAUACAUAAUCUUAAGGUUUGUCUUUUUUUUUUCCAUUGAUAAAUCUUAUGCUGCCUGGAUAUUUGACUUAAACAGUGUUAGAAUUUUUGGUCUCUUUCUCAGCAACGACACGUUAUACAGCGCAUCGUCUGCAUUAUGCAAUGGAGCCAAAAGUAGAGAAUCACUUGUUUUAUGUUGAAUCAGAACUUUGCAAAACUGCUUUGUUAUUUGAAUAUUAAAAGGUAUUUUAUUGUUUUUCUUUUUUUGUUAAUUUCCUAAAUAAAAAUUGUACAGCUGCAACUGGUGUAUGAGAAUGCAGAAACCAAAAUCUUUCAGGUGUGAAGUUUAUUUUUUGUUCCUCAAAUAUUUUGUUAAUAAUUGGAAUGGGAUCUGUCUGCAGCCUGCAAGACGGAGGCGUUCGUAGUGACAGAACAAGGGAACAGACAGAUACACUUGCUAAGGUUUGCCAAUAUGGCUGCUAUAAGCUUAACAAUAUGAUAAAUUAGACUAAUUGCGAUUUUUGUGGUGACCGUCCAGAAACAAUGAUACAUCUUUUUGGGUCCUUUCACACAUAAGUUCUGGAAGGAGUUUAGCGGAUUUAUCAAUAACCAUAUUUUGACGUAUUUUUCAUUACAAUGGGAAAAUGUUUUAUUUUGUUUUUGUUUUUUAGAAUCUCCAAAAAGGAUACUAAAUGGUUAUUUUUUAUUAUUAUAAAUUUGCUAAUUCUUUUGGUUAAAUGUUCAUAAAUGUAAAUGAAUUAAUAAAGCACCACAUUUUCUUCACUUACGAUGUGGAAAUAUUAAUCAAUAGCAGUCUCUACUAACAAAAAGGCCCUGCGAACAAUUUAUAUAUGUAAUAUUUUGCAUGUGUUUGUCUAAUUAGCACUCCUGGCUGUCUGUAGGUAUUAGAGUUGUAUACCUCAUUCUUUUGUUUGCUGUAUACUUGCCAUUUGUUUAAAUUAAACUAAAUUAAAUUAAAAAAUAUAUAUAUAUUUUUUAAAGUUACUACAUAGAGGUCCCCAAACAGUUUUGCUCAGGUCAUCAAAAAGAUGGAAAUGGCCCUGGAUAUCAGUUUGUUCG